AGACUGGAGGACUCAGACCGAAAAGUUCUCCGGUAUUGCAUCGUUCAGCACCUGCUGACAAAGAGAAAGCGAAGGACAGAUUAGUGAAGAGCCAUUCACACAUCGAACAGCUGCAACAAAAUUUAGCCACUAAGCUCAGUACUGCAACUGUCGCGACAUUCAUACACGAAUACUCACCCGCCCUCUGCCGUCGGAGUCACAGGAACGUCGGGAGAUCUCCGUUGAUUGACAGGAAGCUAAACGGGAGAGACAGUUGCGGUAGUUCUAACGUAGCAGGUCCUUUUCCAACUAGCCGUAACCAAGACAAUAUUAGGAAUAAUCGAAAAAUACGGUAUCCCAAAUCAUCUGUUGGAAAGGGAGAUAGUUUAGGGUCGAUAUUGAUAAAGAAGAAAUUUGUGUUCUUCAAUGGAUUCUUCGGUCGCUCUGUGAUCAGGUGUAAUCGUAAGCAAAUUGACUCGCAUAAGAAGGAUGUCAGGUCCCCUGAUGAAACUGAAGGGAGCAGGAAUUUAGACAUUAAUAGUCCUGUUCAGUCGGUAGAGAACGGCUUGACACGGCUGGAAGGAAAGAAAGGUAAUCAGCAUUACUGUGCCGAUGGUCCAUCUGCUGAUUAUAUUUCACCGAACUGCGGCAAGACGGAUGUGAAUUCCAAUAAAGCUGUGUUCAGUGAUACAUUUGAAAAAGAUACUGAAGCUACAGAUAAAGGUCGAAAUCCACCCCCAUCCAACUCUCCAGGUCCUUACGGUGAUAAUCGUUCAGACGCCUCACAGCAGCACAAUUCCAACACAUUGGAACCUCCGUCUAAGCCAGCCAGAGUUUCGUGGACUACAGCAUUGAUUCAGAAGCUCACAGAAGAGGAGGCAAGGAAGAAAACUAAAUCACAAACCAAAGCACAGAAACCCAAAAGGACAGUGAGAUUCCCGCAGAAGAAACCUCCAAAAGUCGUGAACGAAGAGAAGUCGAAAUUCUCGGAGGGGUUUCAAAAGCGGCGCGAAUCAGCUCCUCUGUCACGACCGACGGCAGAGAUUCCUACGAAGCAGUUGGAUUCGGAAGGUAACUCCGUAAAAAAAGAUACAAAGGAGAAUCCUUCGGGUGUAAUUCUUGAUGACAAGAGUAAGGACGCUUACGCGAACCUGGUAUCUCAGUUGUUACUCUCCAACGAAGGGGACAGCCAGCAAGUUUCGGAGUUGAAAGGAGAAGACUUUGUUCUGAAACAGAAGGAACUUGAAGAGAUCAGAGCUGCCAUUGCAAGAGAGGAGUGUGCCAGCGUAAUUAGUGACGACGACAGCGUCAUCUUAGCCCCCAUAACGGCGUCAAAGGAGAGCAUCGAGACAGGCCGGAGGAAGGAACCCAAGCCCUCAGGGAUUAGGCGUCUCCUACCGCAGGGCCUGUUUGCACAGAAACAUCGACAAGUAGACAGGACAGACGAGGGCUGUGCCCAGGAACCUCUCCUGAAUCGAGCUGACACCUCUCGCGUUUACCCGGCCACGACCACGGCGCGACCAGUGUUAGAGACAGCUUUCCUGUCCGAUCCGAACUCCAAGUUGCCGGUGAGGUCUGGAGUUCGUCAGCAGCAGCGGUCACAAAGUUCUUCGCCAUCACCGAGACAUAAACAACCAUCGCCCAGAACACGCCGCCGUCAGGAUCGAGACCAAACAAGUAUUCAGGAGAACGAGCAGAAUUCGUCUAGGAUCAUCCACCAGACGAGAUCUAAGAGCUUGAGUCCAGCCAGAGACCGUAGUAGCUCGGCGGCAAGUCGAGCCUCCAAGAGAACGAUUCCCGACACGUCUCUAGUCCUGGAGGAACGUCUCCAGCAUAUCCGAAGGGAACUUUCGUCUCCACCAGGCAGAGAUGUAACGAGGCCCUCCUCCGCCACUCCUCCAGACUAUCCCAACAGGGUGCCUCAGAGACAUAACUCGUUGCCUUUGUCUUCAAACAAGACCAUCCAGCAGGAGCAAAUAUACCAGAACACAGGCAGAGUUUACAUCAGUGCACCAAGCAAUGCGUACUACCAUUCUCCGCCAAGCCGAAGACGGCAGCAGAAUAAAGAACCUAAAAACGACCUCAAAGCAGAUGAUUAUCGCAGGAAAGUGAGUGGUGGUAGCUCAGCUUCUUCGUCUUCUUCGACUAUCGUUGCUGAAUCGCCUCCAGUUUCUGCACUGUCUUGGAAUCCUCUUUUACUUAACUUGGAAAGUAAUGCCAUUAGCGGGUCACCGGACAUUCGCAAAUUGCAGCAACAUAGACACCCGGAGCAUCCCAGUGAGGAUUCUGGGCUGUAUGGCGAGAUACGCAACAGUGUUGACAGAGAUUCUAGUGCCCUGCCUUCUCAUAAUAUCGACACCCCGGAUAAUUACUCCCCCUCAAAUUCCGGAUUGUCAAGAAAACCUCAGGGCCUGUUACAAGUGCACCACGACUCGACUGUAUUACAGCAAAGGAGUCCAACAUCUGUGCCAUCUGGCAGACUUUCAGCUCCUCCGGUAGCUUCGUACAGCAUCGAAGAUUAUCCAAGACGGAGAGUCAGAUCGCCAGAACCACAUAGAUCCCGCCAAGAAUACGAAUAUGAUCAAUCCUCCAGGAGAUCUUUAUCUCAGCCACCGAGGCUGGGCCAGUCGGAUCAGAAGUCUUCGCUACGACCUUCAUUUCGACCUGUUAACCCUACUGACAAGGGGCUGGCGCGUCCAGUUGCCGCUCAACUCCAAAUCAAAUCUCCCCAGUCACGUCCGAGGGCAGAUGACAACGUGAACAGCAGAGAAACGCAGACCGCAAGGAGUUACAUUCAGCUACAGCACCAGCAGCUGGAAAGAAAUCCGCGGAACAGGCCUCACGAUCAGCAAAGGAAGUUGUCGCGCCAGGAAGUAGAAGCUUUGUACUGGGAGACUCAGAAACUUCGGGAAGGACUAUCAUCCCUGUCCCAGAAUAUGUCACUCCAUCCCCCACAACUGGGAGUACGGUACAGCUCCACAGCAUCAUUGCCCCAGCAAGCGUUCUCAGCCUAUCGAAGUUCCAUCCGGUCAGAGCAGAACAGUCCAAUGUUAUACCAGCCAGAGGCAGUGCCAAGGCAGCCUUUCAGGACGCAGUCAGUUCAGAACGUCGGAGGUGGCUACGGGUCCCCCAUUUUAAGACCGCAGCCUGUGUACAACAUUGUCCAACAGCAUCAGCCGGUGCGCCAGGCUCGAACAUCACAUGACACCAACCCAAGAGCUCCCAGAGCAAGGAGUGCAUCUCCAGGCCCAAACAGCAACAGACACCUGUCGUCAAGAAGCCUGAGCCUGCCCAGGUCCAUCCCGUCUUCCGUGAUGCUAGAGAACCAGCAUUACAAGGCGAGUGACAGCGUGAUGAGCAAUUUUGCAAGGGGCGUGCCGCACAGGAAUACAAUAGGGCCAAUAAGGACGUCGUCUCAUUUCCCGCACUCCCCUCAGAUGCGUCAACAGUCCACCCCUACCAUAUAUGAAGAAACACAACAGCAGGUAGGGGAUGAGGUACGGCUGCGCCACACGGAACGUUCUAAGCAUGCCACAGAAGUGGAUGCAGGGAGCGGGAAUAAGAUCAACAAAAAUGCCAACAGCAAGACGCAGAAUUACGUGAACUCUGUGAUGAAUCGUAAUCCUUCAGCAGGAAACGGAAACUGCGAUAAUAAAUCCGGGAGUGGCAAAAGAAGUAAAAAGUCCUCGUCACAACACUUGGUAUCACCACAACCGUAUUAUCCUCCUAUAUUCAAACGGGGGAGUCUUAUCAGCACUUCGACGUGUUCAGUUGACGUUGUUGACAGCCCGAUGUCUCCGAAGCGGGUGAGCUUCAGUAGCUACGACGAACCUCUGUACUGGCCAACCCGAAAUGGACCCGCGCCAGAGCCGCCGACGAGGCAGCGUAAAGCACAGAACACAAAUCCUGAUCCCCUUCUGCGUUACGAAGAGUACAGUACUUACGCCAAUGUUCCUCAAGCGCCGAACCGUCCGUUGCCGCCUGUACCGCACGAUGCGAACGGAUCCACGUACGGAUCCAUUUCAAGGAAAAGUCGGGAUUCGAAAUCGCCAACUAGCGGAUUCCCUGUUUCUGCUCAGAGGUGGCAGCAGCUGUCCGAGUCGGAAUCUGGCAGCGAGGCGGGGGGAGUUCAACGGAUCCUCCAGCAGGGGAGCCACGGUCGCGGCACAUACGUGCGUUUUCCAGAUACAGAAGAGGAGUGGGGAGCGGAUGGAAAAUCCCGUGGGCCUCCGGGAACCGACCAAUCAGUGUCCAACGUGGGUCGUGAUGAAGAGGUGAGGCGAGGUGGGGGGGGGGGAGGGCGGUCUGGGCGUCGUGACGAGCCCCGCCGCCACACACUGUCGGGGGAUCAUCACCAUCACCAGCAAGGCAGCGCUCUGGCGCGGAGUAUGGACUUGGAGUCGCCACUGCCACGUGGCUAUCCGCCACCCUCUUCAGCCAUGUUAUUUGAUGAUGAUCCGGGCAUCAUGUCUGAGGUAGAAACGAGCUCAACAGGUUUUCGCAGAGGUGGAAAACAACGCAGUUCACUGCCUGUUGUCCGCACACCAUCUAAAACAUUGGAACGACCGCUGGGUAAGACCUCUGGAGCUGGUGUCCCCAUCGGUGUUGGUCCCAUGCUCAGGAUCUCGCCACACCCCUCUGCCAUGGCAACUCACCAUCACCAGAUGGUGCAACUCCUCAAUCACCACCAUGGUCUCUCUAACAAGCAUUCAUCUGCGACUGCGACAAGCGGCGGGUUGGUAUUCCUCCAGUACCGCAACGAGACGAAGCGUGCACUGUUGCCCAAUGAGAUCACUUCAAUCGACACAGUCAAGGCACUGUUUGUUCGAUCAUUUCCCAAGCAGCUCACCAUGGAGUACCUGGACUCACCCCAUGUCAAGAUUUACAUUCAUGAUUCCUCCAAGGACAUGUUCUAUGAGCUUGAAGAUCUUAGAUCGCACCUCCGUGACAUUCGUGAUCGCUCAGUCCUAAGGUUGUUUGAAUCUACAGACAUGAAUGGUGGUGUGCUGCCUGGGGCAGGUGUUGGAGUCAUGGCCCCACCCAUGUGGGACCAGGAUCAGACAUAUUGGAGUGAGCCUGAGUUUGACUCCGAGUAUCAGCACCAGCACAUCCACAAAACAAAGGCAAGCAGCAAAUCUGGAAGCAGUGGAGGUGGCCCUCCUCAAGCACCAUAUUACAUGACCCAUUCGUACCCACCUGGAGGAACACAAGGGGCACCAGGAGCCUCUGCUACCCUGCCUCGAGGGGGCCCGUUACUGAGAGCCUACUCCCCUGCUGUGGCUCCUGUGCCAGCAGAUAGAAUUAAAUCACUGCCUCAAACAGAUCGUCUUCAUUCAGAGAGUGGGUACAUGUCUUCCCCAGAGAGAGGGGGUCCGAGGGCCUACCCAGCUGCUGCAUACCCCCCUGGAGGGCCAGGUUAUGAGGACCCAUACUACAGCCAGUAUGCAUCACGAUCUGGCUCAAUAACACCUGUCAUUGAUGAAGAGGCAAGUGACACCGAGCUAAUCGAUGAGUCAUACAGUCUAUAUGGAGUGAAGCUUCCGACGGCGGGGCGGUCUGUUGUGGCUCCUCAACCCCGCAGCCAGUUCCCUGCCCCUGCUGUCGUCCCAUACGACACAACCCGGAUUCGUGUGGAACACAUGGAGCGGCAGUUGGCGAACCUGACGGGUCUAGUACAGAAGGCUCUCACCCAGACUCCGACACCGCGUGAAUACCUUCAGGUACCACCGCCUGCCUCUGCAAGGGAUGCCAACUAUCGGAAUGCUGCUUCGGAUGAAUAUGAUAAACACUCUAGUUCCAGCUCGGCCUCACUUCCAGAUGACUCGUAUUUGCGGACAGACACCAAGCCCCCGAAGUUGGGAAAAGAUAAGUCAGUCUCAUUUGAGAAGUCGGUUUCAUUUUCUGAUGAGCCCCCUGACAUGAACUCGCCUAAACAGCAUUCUCCACAGCACGCAGCGGACUCGAAACCUCCUAAACCAGCGAUAAAGUCUUCAACACUCCCUAGAAUGUCAUCUCAAGAGCGGACAGAACGUGACCGGCAUAAACCUGCACCUCCGCCAAAACCAGUGUCACUCUCACCAGGGCAGUAUGAGGGCAGACAUGUUUACAGGGACUUGCAGUUGACACCUGAAAUGUACAACCAACUCCGUGGGUUGCAGAAGAAAGCCAAAGAUCUUCGCCAGGAGGUUCGUAAUCUUCGUCGUAUGUCACAAGCUCAAGCACAUUCAGUGCGUGAGACAAUACGUGACACCUUCAUGAAAAUCAGAGCAAUGCUCCUGAUUGGGGGUGAAGAGGCAUGGGCCAUUUCGGGGGAUGCAGAUAAGGUGCGACUCAACAGAGAAGAAGAUACCUACAAGCAGGAGAUGCUGCGAUUAGAGAAGGAUCUGACGGAACUAGAGAGUACUGUGGAGGAACUACGUGGAAAUGUUAUCAACAGGAAGACUCGGGUCAACAUGUCGGAUGUAGAGAAUAUGGCACUCAUACUCAGCAAAUCUAGUAAAACCGUGGCAGAUCUGAAAGUGCGGUUUCCAAGUCUGCAGGAAGGAAUGAAGGGAUUGCUAGCAUCUGAAAUGGAGAAAGUUGUCAGAGAAGAAAAGUUUUUGAAGGAAGAGCCAGAGAGACUGGAAAGUGCGUUGAGACGCUGCAAGAAGCUUACAGGAACACUAGUUACACUCAAGAGGCUGGCUUCUGUUCAGGAGCAGCGUCUCCCUCCCUCAACAACACCAGAGUCCCGCCUGUCUCCCACAGUGGGACUUGGGGGUGACUCAGACACACCUAUCACCCCUCCUGCUCAUGGCAAGCCCAGUGCCAUUCCAGCGCGCAGUGUCAUGGCGCCCACCAUCGGAGGCGACAGCUCAGUCUCUCGGCAACGUCCGGAGAACGCACUCGACGCUCUGCUAGAUGAGCUUCAGACAUUUGCUCGACCACCCUUCCGUGCUGGUAGUGGUCAUAACCCUAUCAUGGCAGACAUCGGCCGCAAGGGUAGCAUCGACUCAGCACACCCGCAUGCCCCUUCCCUUCCUUCCUCGACUACUGGUACAUCAUCAUUACGACGUCUUCAUUCAUAUCCUUCUAGUUCAGAUGGAGGAGGAAACUCCCCACCAACAGUCGCUCUAGCUCGCCUUCAGGUUUCCGGAAGCAGUGGUGCAGAUGCACCAAAAUCACCUGCCACUUCUCCCAAACCCCCAGUCCCUGAACGCAAUUCAGAACUCCUCUCUCACCUUGCAGGUCGCCGCAUUCCUCCACCACCACCUCCUCGUACAAGCUCACGAUCACCCCUGGCAUCCCCUACAAGUCCAUCUUUACCUCCUAGAGGUCAACAUCCUCCCAGUCAGCCACAAAUGGGCGUAGGGGGAGGAACCUUGCUCAGGAGGGGUGGGCCUGGACGAAGCAGUCUCCGGGAACCCCUCCGUGGAACUCCUGGUAUUUCAGUGUCAUCUUCCACUGCCACGGCUAAACAAGAAGACCCAAACCAGCCUCAACCAGGUUUCAAUCCCCUCUCAGCCAGCAACAGUUCAAGUUGUGAAAGCAUCAACUCCCAGGAAGGCCUUCAACAGAACAAAGCUGUGAGCACGAGCAGCAGUACUGGCAAUAAGGCUCGGCAAGAGAUCCUAGAGCAGCGGCAUCAGGAGCUCCUCCGCAAACAGCGAGCACUUCAAGAACAGUAUGCCCGGCUUCAGCAAUUGCAGAGGAGUGGGGGAGGUGGAUUAGCCGUUGUACCGCCUCCAGACUUGAUCCUCAAGAAGACUGGCAGUGAGAGUAACUUGCUGGCGAAGAUGGGACUUGGCCAUGGUCUCUCAGCAGCUGCUCCAAUCUCAGGAUCACUAACUCAUCUUGCUGCUGUGGCAGCCUCUGCCAAUCCACAGUCCAUCAUGGCACAACAGCCACAGAAGCAAAUGGCAGUCAGUACCGCCCCUGAGACAAUGACGACCAAUGCGCAGCCAACUACUACUACAACUAACAAAAUCUAUGAAACAGAUAUCCUGUGACUAAACAUCAUUUUAAUAAAAAUAGUCAUUGUUACAAUAUUAAUGAUAUCAGUAAGGGACAUUUCAUGGAAACAGAAAGAGGAAGAUAUAAAAUGGCAACAGCAGAAGGUGUACCUUGACAACAUUUUAAGUUCAGGAAAUUUUAUUUCCUUGCUACCAGAACUCUCCCAGUGACUUUAUUUUUUAGUGUUUUUAAAUAAUUGUUUAUAGACUAAUUUAAACAAUUUUAGUGCCAAUUCGAUUACUGCUAAGAGGGAAGUCAGAAUAGCAACAGAUGCCUUUAACCCCUUCAGUGGCGUGUUUUAUAUACUCUCUUUUUAAGUAUUCAUGGAAGAUUUUUUUUUAUGAAAAUGAUGCUUUAAUGACUUGACAUGUUCAUACAGUGUUUGCAUGGAUGCUGCUAUCUCUGGAAAUAUUUGAAAUCACCCUGAAUGAUUUCAGGAUAUUGUGCUGGAUCCUGAGAUUAUUCCAUUGUUGCCGUCGAAGGGGUUGAAGCUGGGAAAUACGAAAUUGUGCCCUGAGAGGAAAGGGCAGGGGUACUGCAGACAUCUUGGAACCUGUGUUUUCAUAUUGUUUCAGACACGAAGAGUUAAGUCUGAUUAAGCUUAAGUAUCUAAAUAAGAUAUCUGCUGAAAAAUUAAGUGAUGCAUGCACUCAGGUACAAAUGCGGUAACAAUACAAAUUGUUAUAACAACCCAACCUCCUCAAAGGGCAAGUAGAUAGUAACAGCUUUGUGACUAAUUGUGGUGAGCUUUAGCAGUGCGAUGUUUCCAUGUUAAUAUACUGAAGUCGGCCAGUCCUUUGAUUUCAGUAAUUUUGAAAUAGUGUUACAUGGUAGAAACCAAUGGAAUUGAAGGAUUAUUGUUGAGGGAGGAUUCUGAGUAACUUAUACUGCCUCAGAGCUACAUUCUUUACAUAAGGAAGAAAAUUUAAAUUUGAAAACAUUGCCCAUCAUUGCAAACUGGUGUUCUAACAGCCUUGCAUUAUGCAAUGGUGUGAUGGGUGUUCUUUCACCAAUACAGCCAUAAUGAGAAAAUGAGAAAAUUUAAACUUCCCCCCCCCCAAUUUUCCAUUCCUGUAGAUGACAUGUGGGAUGGUUGUAAAGUGCCAAAUUUAAAUGCUGAAUGGAAAUUAACCUUCUUGGCUGAAGAUUCUGUGGUCUUUCUCAGUCCCUCCAGGAAAUAGGGUAUGCCCACUUUCUUUCCAAUUUGUCAUAAUCAUCCCCCUCGAAUAAUUUGAUACUAACUGAUUUGUUCAACUGAUAUAGUGUCAUUCAUGAUCUCCCAUCCAAAUCAUUCUUGAUGUGUGAACUACAGAGAAAGGUUAUGAUUUCUGGUUGAGUCACUUACUAGACUUAAUUUGGAACUGUCAUACAUGGAACUGUAUUUUUAAAUACAGUAAUAGUAAUAUUACUUGACUUUUACGCUUAAAUUCCCAAAUGUAGCAAACUUUCUUCACUGAACAAAAUUGUGUGAUGUGUAUUAAAUAUGACUCACUCUGUUACUGAAUACAUAGAGAUUUGUUAAUAAUUCAGAAUGCAAUGGCUACAUUUGGAAAGUCUUGUAAUUGCCCUUGGUUUAGUGAUAGAUGCCAUUGUUUAAAGUACAUAAUAAAUCAGACCCUUCAGGUGUGGUUUUAUAAAUCAUGUAAAGGUUUUACGAAAUCCUAAUUUUGAAAAUGGGGGUAAUCCUGUGUCAUGAAAAUUGUAUGGGAAUGCGGUUGAUGAAGGUAAUGUAACAACAAAAGGAUAUAUAAAUAAUAAAAUAUUUUGGGUGAACAACCAUGUCAAUUUGAACAUAUGCCCAACAUUUCAGAGACCUUCUCUGCUUCUUCAGCUAGUUACCAUCAUCAUUCUCUGAUGGUAGAGACAGAGAUCUCCAAGACAAUGAGCUUAAACUUUGAAUGAGUCACCCAAGAAGACUUAUUGCCUAGUCACAACAAAAGGAUACAGUGUUAUAUUCAGUGACCCCAGCAGUACCAAUCCAAUCCCUGGUAUCACAUUUGUUCAUGAUUUGUCUUUGACACCAGUAAUCUCAGUUUUUGGCCCAGUUUUUCAUAUAAUACUAUUUAUUUGUUAGAGUGCAAAAUCUUUUUGUAAAAAAUCUUCUCGGUCACCAAGAUAAAGGGCUGAAGACAUGGAAAGCAUGAAAAAGGGCAAGGAUUUACCAUUUUUCUUCACCAUCUAUGCUAAAUGUCAGAACUGGAUUGUCUUUACUAUGUUUAUUGUAUUAUGGUUUAUGUCCAAGAUUUGUAUCUAGACAGGUAUAGCAGGUGAUAUGAUUUCGGGAGUCGAACAUCUUCAUUCGCAUUUAUUUUGCUACCUAUGACGUAUGGACUGGACAUGGCUACAUAAUGACUGCAAUCAAAAUUGCCUCUUAGUUAAAGAAAGGGUUAAAUUCAAGAGUAUUAGGGUGACAACUGAAGAAAGAUGUACAAAAUAAAGAAAAUGUGUUGGUUCUUUAAUUUCUGACAGAAGAUCACAGUGGCAGUGUCCUCCCUUCACAUGAUUUCAGUUCUUGUUUCAACCACACACACUGGCUGACAGCCUAACACAAGUCAUUGAGAGUCUGAUAGUAUUUCCCAUUGAGACAUGAGGCAAUGCUGUAUGCUGCACUUGAUUUUACAAGUUUUCCUUGUUGAAUUUGACUUCAUAUCUAUAAACAGUGUUCACUUCAGCAUGAAGUCCUUCCUAGCACACUGUUCCAUUCUGCCAUUAUGAAAUAGUUUAGCUGAAAGCAGAAGAAGAAUGUACAAGCUUUUUUACUCACCAAAGAUGGAAACUGUACGGUAUGUAAAGUGAGCCCAUAUGCAAGACUAGGUGAACAGAAUAUAUCGGACAUGAGAUGAAGCAUUGGUCAGACUAGUGAAUAAUAUGCUGCAAUAUGGAUUUAUACAAGAUUUCAUAUCGAUUUCCAUUGAAGCAAGUAACUCAGAAGUACUCAUAUACACCAAAGUAGAGAAUGAUUAUUGCUAUUUAUGUGGUUAUUUUUUAUUUUUCUCCAUAGUGUUUAAGAUGAGUAAGGGAGAACACAAACUUUUAUCAAUCAAUUACAAAGAAACAAAAACAUUACCUAAAAAGUACAUUUGCUCAAUAUGAAAUAACAUUACAUCAAUUCAUGUUUAUUGUUAUAAAAGAAGCCAUCACUUGAUCUGAGUGAAAUUGUAUGGUUGAUGAAAUUUUCUUCACAGUCUUACACACAUACAUAUGUAUACACCCACACAAAGACACAUUUGUAAGUUCAGUGAAAGUUGAAGCCAGAAUGCUUAAAUUCUUUCCCUUUCUCCUUUUUCAACACCACCUUGUUCUUGGAAUUAUAAUAUUUCAGAAAUUUCAACACAUUUUUAUUAAUACACAUAAUAAUUUGAUAGCAAGAUGUAUAGAGAAAGAUCUGGCUUGGCCACAUCAACUCAUAGUUUGUAGUGAUAUUUUGUCUCAUUUCAAUCUGUUGUUCAAAUGUUGAUUUAUUUAUUGAACACUGAGAGAUACCUCCAAAAUUAUCACCAUACUGACUGUGAGUGCCCUAAAUUGUGAAUUUUAUGUCAUUUAAAAGGCCUCAAGAACAUGUUAUGAAUGUUAUCAGGUUUACAUGAACCAAAUAGAUGUUGGACUAUUGUGUUCCUUUUGUUAUCAUAGUUUAAUAUCUUUUUAUUAUUAAGUUUUAUUGGUAGCAAGAAACAAAUAUUUUAUAUUAUGUGUAGUAAAGUACCCAAUGUGUUGAUACCAAGUAUAAUUUUGAUAGCUUUCGGUUAGCAAUUCAGAGUAUGUAUUGUGUUAUCCAGUUAAUUGUAAAUGUUUGUAAGUAAUCAAGUAAAAACAAAUGCCUACUUUGAA